UCAGCUCGCUCUUGCCACAUCGCUUCCCGUUGUCUGUAUAUACUGGGAACCCGGUAAUGGAAAUCUAGUGAUAUAUUUAGAUCGACUGUUAUAAUAUGGAUAUUUUAAAUAUCAUUUUCGUGUAAAAACUGUGUAAUGGCGGUUAUAUAAAAACGAUGUAGAGUCAGGCGAUGGGAAUUAAAUGAUGACAGCGGUCCUGUCAUGUCGGCGUCUUCAGACGAAAACCAAUGAAACACAUCUGAAGGAGAAACCGCGCAUCCUUAUUUCAACAAGAAGAAAGCAUCGCGACAAUCUAUUUAUUCGAUAUGUACCUCCAGCAAAACAUCUAUAUACCUAAGGGAUAAAUUAACUUAAGUAGACAACGUGACAUUGUGUUUUAAUAUUACACAAUUGCACUGAUGGUGGAUUUGGGAACUUUCAAUGACAUGUCCGUUAUUUUCAAUCCAGCCUUGGUAUAUUCUUGAUACCUUGGCAAAAACUGCUAUAUAUCAUAAGUAAAUUGAAUAUUUAUAAUGCUUGACUCAAAGAUGAAGGACGUUUGUCGUAUAUGUGCGAGGGAGCUGUAUGGUAACCAACGGCGAUGGAUCUUCCACCCCACUGCCAAACUGAGCCUGCAGGUUCUGUUGUCCUAUGCAUUGGGCAGGGAGAUGACCAGAGAUGGCCGGGGAGAGUUUGCCUGCAGCAAGUGUGCCUUCAUGCUGGACCGCAUGUACCGCUUUGACACCGUGAUAGCCAGGGUAGAGGCAUUGUCCAUUGAACGGAUGCAUAAGCUCUUAUUGGAGAAAGACAGGUUGAGGCAGUGCAUCGGUGGACUUUAUCGUAAAAACAAUGUAGAUGACUCUGGGGUGCUCACAGAAGUGGACGUGGGUGCCGGAGACUCUUCUGUGGUGGAUUUUUCUGGGUUGACCGAGGCUAAAUACAGCGCUCUGCUGCAGGAAGAUCUCACAUACUCUGUCUAUGAGUCUUGGGCUGAACAAAGCCCUCAAGAGCAGGCCCAGGACCACCCCGUUCAACACCACCAUCAGUGCCCCGCCGCACUGGACGGCAGUUCGGGACCCCGUCCUAGAAAGUGCAAGGGUUGUGCUGCACUGCGAGUAGCCGAUUCAGAUUACGAGGCCGUCUGCAAGGUUCCCAGAAAAGUAGGCCGAAGCACGUCUUGUGGUCCCUCUACACGGUACUCUAGCAGUGCCCUAGACAAUCCUGAAGAGUCUGUGCCAACUGCUCCAGAGAUCGCUGAGAAUAACCAAACUCGCCAUUCCAGUGACCCGGAGCACACCAGCGUGAGUCCUGCCACGUCUGUGGAGUCUUUGGACACUGCUGUAGACUCAAAAGUUCAAAAUGUUAUUGAGGAGGAAACUGAAGAGGAACGUUCCUCCAAUAGGAGACCUGGCUCUGUGUGUGGACUGGAGGAGGCUCUCAGCCUCCUUAGAAGUUAUGAGUAUCACCCAAUACAGAGCCCUCGAGGUAGUCGGAUUCCUGUGCUCGUCAAACCCAACGCUACAUCCGUGGAGAGUCUUUACCCCCUGCUACAGGUACCUCCCAAAGAGAUCGCAUGUCCACUUUCGCCAAACCUUCAAGAUGUUUCUUCCAGCAUCCGGCAGGAUCUGCAGCUCGAGCUGGCAGAAAUGGAGAACCUGUGGAUGGAUGAUUAUAUGCAGUGCAGACCAUUAGGCCUUCAGAAGAGUCUGAUUGAAGAACAGCAAUCUCAGCUGGUGCAGUAUGAGAACGCAGCAGGUCAGUGUGUCAGUGAACUGCAGAAAGCCCAACAGCAGGUCCAGUCCCUGCAGGCCAAAAUCAGAGAGAGUGAAACCAACAACAAGAUGCUACAGCAGAGGCUCGGGGAGAUGGAAAAUGAACUACGUUCUUUCAGAGAAGCAGCAUGUGGUCAGGAGAGGACAAUACAGACUUUGAGCGACUCGCUCAACACUAAAGACUCCGAGAUCACUGAUCUCCACCAGCUCAUUGAAGAACAGAAGGAGCUUUUACGUUCUCUUAAGCAACAAAACAACCAUUACCAACUUCAACAGCAGCAGGUAUCUGGAGUAGCUCCAAGCCGUCUACAGGCAGAUCUCUUGGACCUCCAGGGGUCCCAUUUCUCUGCCCAGCUGGAACUGCAAGGUCUCCAGAGAUCACAGCAGCAGGCCCAGAGACGAGAAGACGACUUGGCCCGCGAGAUCCAGCGACUCCGAGCCGACCUGCAGAAAGCCCUGCAGCAUAGGCAGGACACGGAAAGGCACAACCAGGAUCUGCUGGCCACACUGCAGACGGCUCGCUUUGAGCUCCAGCAAACGGAGGAGAAAUUAAAAGAUGAAAGGAGUGGUCGAGAGAGGGAGGUCGAGGAGAAAGAGAGGACCAUCCGUGAAAUGAAGACGUCACUAGAGAACAAAGAACGUCUGAUACAAGACUACAAUGAGGUGACUGAGCCAGCUGCAAACAGAGACAACCUCCUUCACAAGCUCAAACAACGCAUUCAGGAAAGAGACAGAGCGUUGGAGCGAGUGAUAGAUGAGAAGUUUGCGUGCGUCGAACAGAAAGACGACGAGGUGCGAAAAUUGCAUCUGGUGCUGAGAGAGAAAGACAGAGACCUGGAGAAACUUCAGUGUGUGCUGUCCAACAAUGAGGAAACCAUCACGAGUCUGGAGAUGUUGCUACGUGGUAAAGGUUUGGAGCUUGAGCAGGUUUCUGAGGCCUGGCGUAGCGCUCAGUUUAGUCAGCGAGAAAGAGAGGAGUCAUACAUGCGCAGUCUAAGAGAGAGAGACAAUCUCAUCGGCCAGCUGCAGACGUCCUUGCACACACGUACCAAAGAGGCGGAGGGGAUGACUGCGGUUCUGCUUAGUAAGGUGUCGGUCCCAUCCGGCGAGGUGGCCGAAGAGCUCAAGUCUCGUCUGCAGCUGAAGGAGCGUUUGUUUCAAGAGCUGUUGUCGGACCGCAGCAGGCAGACUCAAGAGCACCACCAACAGGUCCAGGAUCUGCUAAACGCCAUCAAUGCCAGAGAGCAGUACAUCAAGGAUUCUGCUGAGCGUGUGGGUCAGGUGAUGGUCGAGCAGACCUCUCGCUUGCAGGAGCUACGCAAACAGCUUGGGUCAACGAGCCCUCGGUCGAUCCUCGAUGACACGCAGACGCUCCGCGAUGAGCUCCAGCUGGCUCUGCGCAGAGAAAGAGAGGCCCAGGAUCAGCUGACCACUCUGCGCUGUACCUUGAUAUCCAACCAAGAUCAACUUCAGGCCCAGGCUUCAGAUCUAGAGGCCUUGGCUAGGACCGUCAACGUUAAGGAGGAACUCAUAAAGGACUUACAAAUGCAAUUCGUGGAACCAUCGGAUUUGCCAUUGGUCGAGCGUUUGAGCCAAGAACUACAGGAGCUAAAAGAGAGAGUUGGACAACAGGAGCCCAACUGCAUUAAUCACAAGCAGGCUGUGUUGGAUCCAUUGGUGUCCAUGGAUACGGGACAGGCAGCCAAACCUCUUGCUGAAUUUGGAGGUUUCAUCUUAGAUGAUGAUGAAGAAGAGGAGGAGGAGGAUGAAGAAUGCAACAGUGAGUUUGCAGACAGUGCUGAAGAUGAGGAAAUCUCUAAACUGACUGCUCAGUCUUUGCUCUGCAUGCAGAGCUGUGAUCAGCACAGAGGACUUCAAGGUUGUCAGGAUGCUGUAGUCGAGGGUCAGGGGCUGGCCGAGGUCAAGCUGCUGGUGGAGCAGAAGGGGGUGGUAGAAAGAGAACUGAUGGAGCUCAAAUCCCAGCUGGAGAAGAGUGGUUUUUCAUCUCUCUCUCAGAUGAGGAAGGCAUUGUUUACUCUGCGUUCGGAGAACGAGGAGCUCAGGAGUACGAUGAUCAGAGGAAGAUCUGAGAGAGAUCAGAAGAUCACACCAGAUGGGUCUGAUGUACAUUCCGAGCAUGCAGCUGGUAUGGAGUGUAAUGAGUCUAACUCUGGACGGAAUCCAUUAAAGGACCAGACAGUACGUCUGAAGUCUGACCUUGAGCAGGUGCAGCAGGAGAGCAAAGAGCUUCAGGAGAGACUCAUGGUUUCAGAAGCAACAGUUCAAGCCCAAGCCGAGCAAAUCAAAGACUACAGAGAGAUGCUCACGGAAACAUCAGUACAGCAGCACAAUAAGCAGAUCCAGGUGGACCUUCAGGAUAUGGGCUACGAGACCUGUGGUCGCAGUGAGAACGAGGUGGAGAGAGAAGAUGCCAGUAGCCCAGAAUUUGAUGACCUGGAGCUGUGCACAUCUCUGUCCUAUCGUGAUGGAGCAUCUCAAUGGUGGGGAGCUUCUGCCCCUCUGCACUCUGGGAAGAAGGACCAGGACGUGACCCAUCUGCAGCAGUUAGUCGAGGACCUGCGCAGUCAGCUGUCUCGAUCUCAGGCUCUGAUUCGUAACUUGCAGGCCCAAACUCGUGAUCACACCGCGGGCAGUACUCCCCGUAAGGUCAACUGGGGCUUGGAGAACUUUGAGGCACAGAGCACAGCUGAGGAGGACGAGGGCUGGCAGUCGUCAGACGGAUUUGGGUCUCUUCCUCGCCAGCCCAAGCAGGACAGAGGGCUGCAGGAGCUGGUCUCUCGUGUGACGUCACUGGAAGAACAGCUCAGGAAGAGUAAAGGUCAUGCAGAAGAUGGCAAAUCUGGAAACUGGCAAACAGGUAAGUUUGACACGCUGAUCCAAGCGCAGGCCCGUGAGCUGUCUCACCUGCGUCAGAAGAUGCGGGAGGGCCGUGGCAUCUGCCACAUUCUGACUCAGCACCUGGGAGACACCACUAAGGUCUUUGAAGAGUUGCUGCGCUCCAAUGAUAUUGAUUACUACAUGGGCCAGAGCUUCAGAGACCAGCUGUCUCAGAGCAUCUCGCUUGCCCAGAGAGUCAACACCAAGAUCAGCGGCCGUGAUCACUCUGAACUUCCAGAUGAUAAGUCGGGCCAUGAACUGCUUGCAAUACGGUUGAGUAAAGAGCUACAACAGAAAGACAAACUCAUCGAGUCGUUGCGCUCUAAACUCGACCAGCAACAGCCGCGAUCGGAUACACCGGCAAGCAGCAACGCCCUAUCCGAGCCAACAGAUCAAUCAGACAGGACUUCUUUUGUGUCAGAUGACCACGGCUCAACCAAUGAGGAUCUAGAGUUGUGCUCUGAACUGGAUGCUGCCAGCGAUUAUGGCCAAGAGGGGGCAACAAGGAGUGCCACAGACUCACUUAGUCAUAGAGGCACAGCUUCAUUACAUCCAUCCCGUGCACCAUCCAUUACAUCCUCUCACAGCCGCCAGUCCUCCAACACAUGCCCCAGCAUGCACUGCACAACACACAGGCCAAUGGAAACCCAAGCACAAACAGGCUUUUCAACUGGACCUUUGUCCACCUCCCAUUCUUCCUCCUAUUCCUCUCACUGUGUCCUCAACCCCUCAUCUCAAAUGUCCUGUCCACCUGUGUUUGACCCUCAAACUCAUCCCUUAAGGACCCGUCACCAUUACGGUGGAGGGUUCUCAUUGGCAGAGGUUCAUCAAGAGCUUCAAACGCUCCAGAGACAACUUGCAAAUAGCUACCACAGUCCUCAGGUCAAACCUCUGCCUGGGUUUCCACCGGGCUCUCAUAGGCAGCCUGACCAUAGCAGCUUACACCUGCUGUCACAUCAUGGCUUUCAACAGUCUCCUCUGCACGCAAGUCCUGCAUUAAAACCUGGGGCAAGUCUUCUGGAGAGCAGUGCGAUGUGGGAUAUGAUGCACGAUCCGAGACAGUUAAGACCAGGAGUGUAUGGAGAUGUGUCCUCUGGUUCUUCAGGAUAUCUGUCAGGACAUACAGGCGCAGACCUGAUGGAGGAGCACCUCAGAGAGAUUCGCACAUUGCGACAGCGUCUAGAAGACUCUAUCCAGACCAAUGACCGUCUGAGACAACAACUAGAGGAACGACUGGCUUCUUCCGCACGAAACACAGCAGGGGGAGCAGCACCCACUAACAUCUAUAUACAGGGUCUCGACUCCGUUAGCCAGCUCUCCAAUGAGAUUCGAAUGCUGAAAGAAGAAAAUCAUGCCUUGCAGAAACAACUUCAACAAGCCAGGACUGAUGGCUGUAAAGAGAUGGAGCGGCUGAGAGAGACGGUUCUGUCUGGGCGUGGCCAGUUAAAGCAGGCGGAGCUUGAUGCGGACCGGUGGGCGGAUCAAUGCAGGCAACUGCAGGCUCAAGUUAGAGAGCAGACUCAGGCGAUACAGCAGCUCAAACGGGACAAACAGAACCAACUGGACAACAGCACCAGGCUACAGCAUGAAGUGAAUGUUCUCCAGCAGCAGUUGAGUGAGAGUCAGCGUCUGCUGCACAAACUACAAUGUGAGCUGCAGGUGUACCAAAGAGUCUGUGGUACCACCGAGAGCAGCACGUGCUCAGGUUUGAGUUUAACCUUUGACCUGCGAGACUCUAACAUGCAUUUAUUGGAGCAGCAGUUGAGGGAGAAGCUGGAUCAGUGUAUGCCCCGCCUCUCAGCCAGGAAACAGCUCUUCCAUGACCAAUCCCCAUCGCCUCCUGUUCGAGAUACAGGGUUCUCCACCCCUGCUUCACCGGCGGUUGAACCUGAUGACCCACAGUCAACUGCUAGUGACUCAUGUAAGCCUGGCACUGAAGGUCUUGAAGGUGAGGCCCCAGAUGGCUCCUUCGCCUGCAGGACCGGGCGUCAUGUGAUCGGUCAUGUGGAUGAUUUCAGUGCCCUUCAGCAGCAGCUAUUGGAAGGAAAAGUUGUCAUACGCAAGAUAGAGGCAGCGCUGCAGUCCAACACAGAACGGACCCUGCCGGAGGGUUAUAUGAGAAUCUUGUACCCCAGCACAAAGACACUAAAGCAGAUUUUGGAUGAGACGAGCUCUCUCUUGAGGAUGUUCUGGAGGGCUGCCCUACCCACCACUGACACUUCUGCCCAACACCUCAAAAAGGAGCAGUCUCUGAAAAAGGAGGUUGUUCAACUGAAGCGUAAGCUAUCGGAGCAAGAGCUGCUACUCAGGGACACGAUGGAGAGUCUAAGAAACGCCACUCGCACUAAAGACGGCAUGGAGCAAUUCAUUGCCAAUCAACUCUCAAGAACGCGAGAUGUGUUGAAACAAGCUCGCUCAAAUCUAGAGUUACUCCAGAAGAAUGAACACAAGAUUGCCUCUCUAGGCUGCUCCUCUCUCCCUCCAUCCUUCUUUUCCUUCUCCUCCAAACCUUCUAGAGAUGAGAUCGCACGAGCCUCAGGCAAACACGCCGCCUCUUUUGGUUGGGAUAUCAUGAGCGCUCACACACUGGAACAGAACAACAUGACGGGCAGACCAUGGAAUGCUUAUGGGAGUGAUGAACAGCGCCUCCUAGAGGUGUCCUAUAGAGCACAACCAAGAUUUGAUGCUGCUGUUUAUUUAUGAGGUGUCAAAUUAAGUCACCCUAAAAGUUUAGUGAUGUAUACAGAGUAUGCAUGGUUUUAAAUGGAUUUGUGUUAUAGACAUUUGGAUUAGGAAUCGAGUUUUAAACCAAAGUAACUUCUCAUGGGUUUAUGUUGUGUGUUUGGGGUUUUAUUAAACCUGCAACACUAAUAAUGUGCAAUUAUAACAACUACUGAGUUACCAGCCAGACAAGACUGUACAACACUGUAACCUUAAGUCACCCCAGGGAUGAGCUGAAGAUCGAUGGUGCAAUAAUAUUUUUAUGGGAUGUACAAUCAAUGAGAAAAUCUUCGUUUUAUGUUAUGUUUAAGCCAAACUGCUUUUGAAGCAUUAAUCCUCUGCAAUGUUUUGUCCAUUUAAACCUAGUCUUUUUGUUUUUAUUUCCUAAUACUGAAAUAUAUCAAAGGAAAUAUUUUUUAUCUUUUGGUCCAAAAAGGUCAGUGUUGCUUUUGAAGCAUUAAUCCUCUGCAAUGUUUUGUCCAUUUAAACCCAGUCUUUUUGUUUUUAUUUCCUAAUACUGGAAUUUAAUAUUUUUUUAUCUUUUGGUUUUGGUCCAAAAAAGGUCAUUGUUUUAUAUUUCUAUUUGCUGUAUCAGCUCUUUCCGAUGGACCAUUUUAUUUUUAAUUUGUUUAGUUUCCUUUUGUUUUUAUUUUUCAAAACAAACAAUGUCUCACUACAGCUGUUAUUUUCAAAUUAUUAGACAUUGCAGAUGAUUUUGCAAAUUUUAGAUGUCAUACACUACACUGGUUAUAGUAUUUUCAUGUUUGUAGCUUAUCGGUUUUAACAUUUUGUGCAAUGAACAGAUUGCAAUGUGAAAUGCCUGUUGCCUCUGCAUGAACUACAUAAACACAGGCUUUCAUAUGCAGUAUGUCAGUAUUACAUCAUAUUAUUCAGUAUUUCAGUGCAAUAUAUUGGGGUUUCAUCUGUAUGUCAACUCAUCGGCUGUUUGCUAUGUAUAUUAUGUGUGUGUUUGUGAGUCGGGAUAGGAUUUCAGCGAGUCGGUGUUUACUGUCAAAGGUCAGGCAUACAACAAAAUGAAUGUUAUAUUACUUCUGAUGCACCGAGAGAGGUCAAACUCUGUUUCUAUGACAAUCAAACUCAGAUAUUUGUAAUCUUUUUUGGAAAUGCAGUAACUGUACAAUUUGAUUUUACAUUUCCCUUUGUAAAGCAAUGUAAAUUGAGAGAUUUGUUAAAAAAAGCCUCUGUUCAUACUUAAUGCAUGUGUAUAUGAGUGAAAGGCUUGUUGAGGUAACUCAUUAAAAAGGGAAUAUUUAAUAAAAAGGGAAUCUUAUACAGAUAA